AGACAACAAUUCUUCGAAAUCGUCAUGCUGCUCAAAUGUCUCGAGACAAAAAACGUAGACAAAUGGCUGAUUUAGAAUCUCAAAAUACUAUUCUUAAAGAAGAAAAUGCUCAUCUAUCUAAACGUUUAAAAGUUGUUGAAGAGGAAAAUGCAAAUUUGUCUGCAAAACUUGAUUCAAUUUCGGCUCAACUCGCUGAAAUUCAAUCUCAUCUAGCCGUAUCCGAGAUGAAUAAAGUCCUCCUUGAUGGUGUUCGCGGAUCUGCAGUAUCCGCGGCCUCGGAAAAAGAAUCUCUGGAUUUUUCUAAUAUUAAAGAGGAUCCUAUUAAUAAUAAUGAAGUCCCAGCAGCGGCCCGUCAAGACGAGGAACCUUUACGGGAUGUCGUCGAUAACCCCUACCUUUCCGAUUUGGAUGUGUCCUCCACAAAUGCUGAAGCAACUAUUGUUGACCUUCUCGAUAGUUUUCUGGACUACGACUGGUCAGCAGAAGAAUUUUCUGCUAUUCAGCAACAAUCAAAUGAGAAGCGUUGGUCGAAAUCCGUAAAGGCUGUACGUGGUUGUGGUGCUUCUGGUUUGAAGCGCGCCCCACGUGAUUGGAGAAAGUACCCUCCAUAA